UUCAGCUGCGUGCAUCGCCCAAAAGGUUCCGCAACCUAGAUUCCCGUUCCCCUCCGCGCUCCAAGCCUCGGCUGUAGUCGCGCUUUCUUUUAAGCAGCCAGGAAGAAAAUGGUUCAGCAGUGAGACAGGCAUGGCACAUGGACAUGAGCAUGGACAUGGUCAUGGUCAUGGAAAAAUUGAACUCCCUGAUUACAAACAGUGGAAGAUAGAAGGAACGCCACUACAGCGAGUUCAGGAGAGGCUGGCUAAGCAAGGUCUCAGGGAUCCAUGGGGCCGCAAUGAAGCUUGGCGAUACAUGGGUCGUUAUGGAAAACCUGCUACUUUGUGGGCUGCUUUGACAAGAGGAUUCAAAUGGGGUUUUGGAGCAUUUUUAUUAGCUGUCGGAGUAGAAUAUUUCCUAACUGCACCAAAGAAUGAGGAAGAACAUGCUUCUAAACACUGAAGUUAGGACAUAAAGGAAUCAUAAUUAGCUAUUUAGAGUGAAUGUUUGCUGUACUGUAGUUUGCUUGCUUGCCAUGUUAAAGAUUAAUAUUAAAAUUUCACUUGGUAAAAGAA